GCAAACGCACAUGCUGUGAAAAGGAGCAGUACGAUGAACCCAAAGAAUGUAGAGAUGCGAACGUUCACUGCGGUCACGGAUAUGAGCUAUUGGAUCGUGAGAAGUGCUAUGCAAAGGGAGAUGACUGUGAGUCGGGGCUGCCUGACUGUAAUCAACACACUUGUUGUGAGAAGCGCAAACCAUCGAGCCCACGCGAUCUUACAGGCAACUACUACAAGUGUGGUGAUAUAUCAUCUGACAAGUGCAAACAUGGUUAGAAGCACGACACCGAAUGCUGUCGGUACACUAAAAAAUGUGGCCACUACGCUUCAAUCAAAUGCGGCACUUCUCAUUGCUGCAAGUAAGUUCAGAUUAUAGUGGCAAUGUAUUCAAAAGCGGUUGCCCAUAGUAUUAUGAUAUAUUUAACAAAUAAAUAUCCACUUAGUACAAUGUCACUUCGG